AGUAUUUAUUUUAAAUAUUUGAUAGAAUGUCUCAUGUUUGAAGUUUAAUUGAAUUUUGUAAAAUUUUAUUUUAAUGUAGAUAUAUAGAAUUUAUUAACCUAUAUGUUUAGAAAAAUUCACGUGGCAGUAGUAAAAAAUUAUGUUUAACAAUGAGCUCUCCUUCAGGCAAAGUUACUAAAGUUAUUGUGACAUCACCACACAUUUACAAACCAGUAGGACCUUACAGUCAAGCAAUUUUAGUGGACAAAACUCUAUACAUAUCAGGAGUGUUAGGUUUAGAUACGCAGGCAAAAUUAGUAAAUGGGGGAGCAGAAGGGCAAACAAGACAGGCUUUGGCCAACCUAAAACAUGUCCUUGAAGCCGGUGGCUCUUCAUUGGAAGCAGUAGUCAAAACCACCAUUCUGCUAGGAAACAUAGAUGAUUUUAAAACUGUCAAUGAAAUUUAUGGCGAGUUUUUUGUAAAAGACUGUCCAGCUCGAGCUACAUUUCAAGUGGGAAAGCUGCCACUAGGUGCAGCUGUGGAGAUAGACGCUAUAGCCCUCAGUGGAAACCUCACAAUUGCUGAAGCAGGCCCAUGCCCCUGCAGUAAGGAUUAAAACGUGAUAUACUUUUUUUCUAUGGGCUGUUGUUUAUAAAACGUUAAUAAUAUUCUGUUUUUGGUAAAACGUACAUAAAUUAUAUUUUGUCAAUAAUUUAACCGUCAAUACUUGUUUGUGAAAAGUUUUUGCAAAAUUUAAUAUAUAAUCACGCUUCAAAUAAAAUGUUAUAACUAUUGAA